AGAAUACCAUGAUGUUUACUUUGUUCAAAUCACGGCCGAGUCCACACAGAAGUUUUUGUUUUUUAGGUCCAAUGUUUUAUUUGACAAACGUGUGUCACUUAAAAUGCGUGUUGGUCCUUGUUUGUAUUUUAUUCAGCCAGUCGCUACAAGACGACGAGAACUUUGUGGAGGACUUUCUGAAACGAGAAUAUUCACUAGUGAAGCCUUACCGUGGUUUGGGUUUCUCAAGUUCCUCACAGUGGGAUCUGAUGGGUACUGCCAUGGUUACACCUGAACAUGUGCGACUGACCCCAGACCUGCAGAGCAGACAGGGAGCAGUAUGGAGUCGAUUUCCUUGUUACUUGCAGGACUGGGAGCUUCAGGUGCACUUUAAAAUCCAUGGCCAAGCAAGGAAGAAUUUAAAUGGAGAUGGACUGGGCAUCUGGAUAACCAAAGAACGCAUGCAGAAUGGUCCUGUGUUUGGCAACAUGAACUAUUUCACUGGACUUGGGAUCUUUGUGGACACCUAUCCUAAUGCUGACAGGAACUAUGAUAGGAGUUUUCCAUACAUAUCAUUGAUGCUGGGGAAUGGGACGCUGUCAUAUGACCAUGAUCGUGACGGUCGACCCACUGAGCUUGGCGGUUGUACUGCGAUGGUGCGGAACUCUGUCUAUGAUACUUUUCUCCUGGUCAGAUACUCCAAAAACAGGCUAACGAUAAUGACGGAUGUAGAGGGUAAACGGAAAUGGAAAGAGUGCACGGAGGUCUCAGGGGUGCGGCUGCCCGUGGGCUACUUCUUUGGAGCCUCCUCUGCCACUGGAGACCUGUCAGAUAAUCAUGAUCUCAUCUCCAUGAAGUUGUACCAGCUGACAGUGGAGAGAACUGUGGAAGAGGAGCAAGAGGAGGUGGUAGAAAUCCCCAGAGUUGACGAUAUGUCGCAGUUCCAAGUAGAAGUUGAGGAAGAAGGGAUGAGUGGUGUCCAGUUCUUCUUCACGCUGCUGUUCUCGGUCCUUGGCCUUGGCGUCCUGGGUGUGGUAGGGCUGAUGGUUUACACACGCUGGAAUGAAAACAAACGCAAACGUUUCUAUUGAGAAACAAGGCACUGAUGCAGA